UCGUCUUCUCGGAUCCCCAUCCUACAGAAUCAUUAUCUUUGCACAGCACCCUUCUCAAAAUUUAUUUCCUUCCAGGACAAAGAGAAAGGAAGAACAAUUCACCUUCUCCCCGAAAGUAGUAUCAGCGCAGAAAGGAUGGGUAUGAACACCCCAUCCUUCUUUCUUAUCUCCUCCCAGCAAAAAAAUCCUUCCCCUCCGAACUUCUACCAAAACCUACCACAUGCACAAAAGCCAACCAAAUCCCAUGUGAAGCCACAUGUGCAAAAAAACGUUCAAGUUCCCAACGGUUCCACCAUCCAACACCCUCGGCUCCAUACUCACCCAUCCCAUCCCAAGUCACAACAACGUUCGAGAACUUCUUCCAACCUCCCGGCCCCAAUGACACAAACCCCCUAG